AUGAAGCCGGGAGACGACUGCUUUGCGUUGCUGUUGUCGCACGAGUACACGCAAAAGAGUAUCGAGGGCUUAGGUGCCGGUGCGUUGAAAGGUGUGGAUCGCGCGAGGUUUCAGGCGCUAGAGGAGGCGAAUGCAUCAGUUCCUGCUGAGAAGAAGUUGGAGUUUCACGUCGUUGAGCUCCACCAUGAGGUGGUUUUCUACGGCAGAUACGGGAAUAUAGGUGAUUGGGACGAAGAGAGCCGAGAGGAGAAGACGAGGUGGUACACUACGCAGGGAAGGGCUCUUGGUUCCGGUCGCACCGCGAAGUUUAAUUUCCUCAAUCCGUGCAAUGAAACAUUGGCUCAGAUGUGGAAGAAGCCAUACGGAAGCAGCAACAUGCACGGCUACAUGGGCAACGAGGGACCGACGAAAGAGACGAAAUAUUGCCGAUUCGCUGUUGUUGCGUGGCCCGAAGUGAAGAGCAGGGAGCACAAGACGAAUUUCAUCGGGUGA